AUGGCUGUUCACGUAUGGGGACUUGUCGCAAUUAUUGUGUUCUACUUGCUUAUUUUCAUCCUUGGCAUCUGGGCGGCGAGGAAAAAUAAAAAGAAAGGGAAGGAAGCGACGAGUGAGGACAUCUUGCUAGCCGGGCGAAAUAUCGGGACGUAUCUUGGGAUAUUUACAUUGACAGCCACGUGGGUAGAUGGCGCUCUGAUCAGCGGCGUUGCCGAGGGUAUCUACACUUCCGGUUUGUCCUCGCUCAGCAUGCCGCUAGGGUACUGUAUGUCGACUAUUUUAGCUGCGUUCUUCUUUGUCAAAAAGAUGCGCGAAGGCAACAAUGUCACAAUGCUGGACCCCUUCGACCGGAAGUUUGGUAAAAUCAUGACAGGGUUCCUGUUCCUGCCGGCUCUCUCCGGGGACAUGUUCUGGUGUGCUGCAACCUUGUCGUCAUUAGGUACAACUCUAACGGUGGUGGUUGGGCUAGAUCACUGGAUUGCCAUCACGGUGUCGGCAGCCGUGGUCCUGAUAUACACGUUGUUUGGGGGACUCUACUCCGUCUCCUAUACCGACGUCAUGCAGAUGCUGUUCAUCUUUGUAGGCUUGUGGCUGGCCAUUCCCUUUGCUCUGUCCAACCCCUUGAUGACGUCACUAUCAGAGACGACAGAGAAGUGGGUAGGGACGCUUCCAAACCAUGAUAUCAGCACCUACAUAGACAUACUGCUACAACUGAUGUUUGGAGGAAUACCUUGGCAGGUUCUGUGGCAGCGGGCCCUAGCGAUGAAGUCAUCAAGGUUGGCGGAAGUGAUGCUUUACGCAGGCGCACUAGGAUUUGUAGUCUGCACAAUACCGCCUCUGCUCAUAGGGAUGGUGGCAGUGUCUGUUGAUUGGAACGCCACAGCGUACGACGGAGAACUCCCGUUUCCAGCAGAUGACCUAAAACUGAUUGCACCGCUUGUCUUGCAGUAUGUGUGCCCUUUUGUAGUUUCUCUAAUUGGUCUUGGUGCCAUUUCCGCUGCAGUAAUGUCGUCUGCAGACUCCAUUUUGCUUUCCUCGAGCUCCAUGUUUUCCAACAAUAUCUAUAAACCUGCAAGGAUGGGAAAGGCCAGUGAACGUGAACUUAUCUGGGCCAUGCGAGUAUUUAUGACUCUUAUGGCCAUUCUGACCACGGUGUUGGCCAUCGAGAUCACCAGCAUCUUUGCUCUGGCCAUUUUGUGCUCCGAUCUGGUCUACGUCAUCCUGUUCCCUCAGUUCACCUCGGUCUUGUUUGUGGACGGUGCAAACAUCUACGGAUCCAUUGCUGGGUACGUCUUGGGACUGAUCAUCCGGGUACUUAGCGGGGAACCGUUGUUAGGUCUGCGAGCAGUUCUGAGGUGGCCUUGGUAUGAAGCAGAAACGGAUUUCCAGCCGUUCCCUUAUAGGACGGGCUGUAUGCUGCUCAGCUUCUUAACCAUCCUACUCGUGUCCUACGUCACAAACGUGGCGUUUCUGACAGGAUGGCUGCCAAGGCGGUAUGACGUACUCAACGGCAUUGUGUGGUAUUCAGAGAGUAAACCGAAAGAACCCUCCGAUGAAAAUUGGUCGGCACAGAAUGAAAAGAAUGAGUUUGUUGAUUUAGAGAUUCUACCCAGACGAAAAAUGGAGGUGAACGAAGCUGAAGACGAUGGCUCAGAAGAAGUUUCCAGGUUGGAACAAGAACCGCUGACGUCAAACUGACCUUCUAUAUGGUCUGAGUAUUACAGUCAAAUGACCAUUUUAGACCACAGGUUUUUAAAAACAAGUACCAGACGCUACCACUGAACGACAAACCGCAUGCUUUGCAUUUAACGAUUAUGUUUUCACAGGGUACUGGUUUUAUUACACAAUUAAUCCAAUUUACAAAAUGCGCAUGCAUGAUAUUGUUCACAUGAAAAGUAAAUUAAUAAUAAAAGGAC